UCUGCAACCACAGGAUCCCUGCUGAGGCACUGGCGGGAGGCAGAGAAAGGAAAAACAGCGGAGGAGUGUGAGCAGAGCUUUUGGCAGCCAGUCUGAACCCUCAGAAGAAUUCUCUUCAGAAACCGGAGUAAAACAGAACCAACCGUCCACGAUAAGGAAAAUCAAAACCAAGAUGUAGCAGUGACGACUCGAAAGAAGAAACGUGACUUCUCCUCCGGGACAAAGAUCUGUGGAUGAACUUUUCGAAGAUUCUUGCUUCAGCUUCCUCAGAGUGAGUUUACCUCUAAAUUGUGGUUGCUAGCACUUCAAUAGACAAGCAGAGACAGAAGCAGAGACAGAAAAAGUGUGUCAAACAUUCCGGAGAAAGUCACCAAGUGUAGGAAGUUACUAUGGUUUUCCCAAGAGUUUUUCAAACUUCAAUUAUAAAAGAGACUUUCACAUCCACUUCCUUGAUGUCCUUUAACAAAACAAACAAGUCAAAAUGAGGAAGAGACACUUGAGACUGGGUCAGCAAAUGUGGGCUCUCCUCUGCAAGAACUGGCUCAGAAAGUUCAGGAUGAGAAGAGAGACCCUCCUGGAAUGGCUUUUCUCACUUCUUCUAAUAUUGUUUGUAUAUCAAUUAUCCUCCAAUUUGCAUCAAGUUCAUGACGCUCCUGAAAUGUCUGUGGUGGAUCUGGGACGUGUUGAUAAGUUUAACGAUUCUAAUUAUAUGAUGGUGUUUGCUCCUGAGUCCGAAGCCACCCAUGAGAUAAUGACCAAAGUGGCCUCAGCUCCAUUCAUGAAAGGAAGAACUAUCGUGGCAUGUCCUGAUGAAAAAACCAUGAAUGAGCUAGAUUUAAAUUACUCGAUAGAUGCAGUGAGAGUCAUCUUCAAGGACACUUUCUCAUAUCAUUUGAAAUUUUCUUGGGGUCAGAGGAUCCCUAAAACGAAAGAGCACAAAGACCAUUCAGCUCCUUGUGAAUCAUUGAACAAUAAAAUGAUUUGUGAAAACUCAGUCUUCUGGGAAAAGGGCUUUGUAGCCUUUCAGGCUGCCAUUAAUGCUGGUAUCAUUGAGAUGACCACAAACCACUCCGUGAUGGAAGAGCUGAUGUCAGUCAUUGGUUCAAAUAUGAAGAUGCCACCUUUUAUUGCCCAAGGAGGAGUUGCAACUGAUUUUUUUAUUUUCUUCUGUGUCAUUUCCUUCUCUUCACUUAUAUACUAUUUAUCAGUCAAUAUUACUCAAGAAAGACAGUACAUGACAACAUUAAUGGCGAUGAUGGGGCUUCGAGAGUCGGCUUUCUGGCUUUCCUGGGGUCUGAUGUAUGCUGGCUUUAUCCUUGUCGUGGCUGUUUUGAUGUCUCUUAUUGUGAAAUCUGCCCAAGUUGUCGUCUUAACUGGUUUCAUGGUGGUGUUCCUUCUGUUUCUCUUUUAUGGCCUUUCUUUGAUAACUUUAUCUUUCCUCAUGAGUGUGUUGAUAAAGAAGCCGUUUCUUACUGGCUUGGCUGUCUUCCUCCUUACCGUCUUCUGGGGAAGUCUGGGAUUCACAGCGUUAUACAAACAUCUUCCUGCCUUUGUGGAAUGGACCUUGUGUUUUCUUAGCCCCUUUGCCUUUACCACUGGAAUGGCCCAGCUUAUACAUUUGGACUAUGAUGUGAAUUCUAAUGUAAAUUUGAACUCUCCAAACAACUCAUACCUAAUCAUGGCCACCCUCUUCAUGCUGGUUUUGGAUGCUCUUCUCUAUUUGGUACUGGCAUUAUAUUUUGACAAAAUUACACUCAGUAAGUACGGACAUCAACGGUCUCCAUUGUUUUUCUUGAAGUCGUCUUACUGGUUUAAACGCAGAGGAGCUAGUCAUGUGGUCCUUGAGAAUGAAAUAGAUUCGGAUCCCUCACUAAAUGACUCACUGGAACCAGCGUCUCCAGAAUUCCAGGGGAAAGAAGCUAUCAGGAUCAAAAAUCUUAAAAAAGAAUAUUCAGGAAAGCAUGGGAAAGUAGAAGCUUUGAGAGGUCUGGGGUUUGACAUAUAUGAAGGCCAGAUCACUGCCCUCCUUGGUCACAGUGGAGCUGGGAAAACCACCCUGAUAAAUACACUCAGUGGACUGUCACCCCCUACUACAGGUUCCGUCACCAUUUAUAACCAGACAGUUUCAGAGAUGGAUGACUCUGACGCCGUCCUCAUGCUCACUGGAGUUUGUCCACAAUCCAACGUACAGUUUGGCUUUCUCACCGUGCGAGAAAACCUCAGGCUUUUUGCCAAGAUAAAGGGAAUUUUGCCACAUGAAGUGGAGCAAGAGGUACAACAAGUUCUACGGGACUUAGAAAUGGAAAAUAUUCAAGACAUUCUUGCUCAGAAUUUAAGUGGUGGACAAAAAAGGAAGCUGACUCUUGGGAUCGCCAUUUUAGGAGACCCCCAGGUUUUGCUCCUGGAUGAACCAACUGCUGGGUUGGAUCCACUCUCGAGGCACCGCAUAUGGAACCUACUGAAAGAGAGGAGACCAGGCAGAGUAAUUGUCUUCAGUACUCAGUUCAUGGAUGAGGCUGAUAUCCUGGCUGACAGGAAGGUGUUUAUAUCCAAUGGGAGACUGAGGUGUGCGGGCUCUUCUCUGUUCCUGAAGAAGAAAUGGGGCAUUGGCUAUCAUCUAAGUUUGCAUUUGAAUGAAGCGUGUGAUCCAGAGGGUAUAACGUCACUGGUCAAAAAGCACAUCCCAGACGCCAGGCUGACCACACAAAGUGAAGAACGGCUUGUCUAUAUCUUGCCCCUGGAAAGGACAAACAAGUUUCCAGACCUUUACCGGGAUCUUGAUAGAUGUUCUAACCAAGGCAUUGAGGAUUAUGGUGUUUCCAUGACAACCCUGAAUGAGGUGUUCCUGAAGUUAGAAGGGAAGUCGAUGGCUGAUGAAUCAGAUGUUGGAAUUUGUGGGCGCUUACAAAGCGAUGGGGCAAGAGACGUGGAAAGCCUCGUUGAGCUGGAGCAAGUGUUGUCUUUAGAUUCUUCAGGAAGCUCGGUGAGUGGCAUGGCGCUGUGGAGGCAGCAGCUCUGCGCAGUCGCGAAGGUUCGCUUCCUCAAGCUCAAGAAUGAACGGAAAAGUCUGAUGACUGUGUUAUUGCUUUUUGGCAUUAGCUUUGUCCCCCAACUUUUGGAACAUCUCGUCUACAAGGUAUACCACAAAAGUUACUCAUGGGGGCUCUCUCCAAGUAUGUAUUUCCUUUCACCAGGACAGCCAGCACAGGAUCCUCUGACCCACUUACUGGUCAUCAAUAGAACAGGUUCAAGCAUUGAUAACUUUGUACAUGCCCUAAGACAGCAGGGCAUAGCAUUAGACCUGGAUGCCUUGGGGACCAGAAAUGGCACAGAAGAGGCGCUGUACAAUGGUGCUAUCACAGUGCUGGGUGAAGAAAAGGAUCUCAGAUUUUCCGUAGCAUGUAAUGCCAAAAGACUAAACUGCUUUCCAGUCCUCAUGGAUAUUAUUAGCAAUGGGCUGCUUGGAACAUUUAACUCUUCUGAACGCAUCCAGACCGACAGAAGCACAGUCUUUGAAGAGCACAUGCUCUAUGAGUACGGAUUCAUGAGCAACGCAUUUUUCUGGAUACCAGUGGCUGCCAGCCUCACCCCUUACAUUGCGAUGGGCAGCAUCAGCGACCACAAAAAAAAAGUUCUUUCCCAGCUGUGGACUUCAGGCCUUUACCCGUCUGCUUACUGGUGUGGACAGGCUCUGGUGGACAUUCCCAUAUACUUCCUCAUUCUCUUUCUCAUGCAAAUAAUGGACAGUGUUUUUAGUUCCGAGGAGCUUAUAACUGUGAUGGAGAGCCUGUUCAUUCAGAUCCCAUGUAGUAUUGGAUAUGCAUCAUCUCUCAUAUUCAUGACUUAUGUGAUUUCAUUCAUUUUUCGUAAUGGCAGAAAAAAUAGUGGCAUCUGGUCAUUUUUCUUCCUAAUUGUCACCAUCUUCUUUAUCAUUGCUACCGACAUAAAUGAAUAUGGCUUUCUAGAGCUGCUAAUCUGCACCUUUUUAGUCCCUCCUUUCACACUGAUUGGCUCGCUAUUGAUUUUUUCCGAGGUUUCCUAUGACUCUGUGGAUUACUUAGAAGCAUCAGAAUCUCAACUUGUAUUUCUGGCAUUGCUGAUACCUUACCUUCAUUUUCUUCUUUUCUUUUUCAUUCUGCGAUGUCUGGAAAGAUACCUCAGGAAGAAGUCACUGAGAGUGGACCCUGUGUUCAGAAUUUCUCCGAGAAGCUGUCAUGCUUUUCCAAACCCAGAAGAGCCUGGAGAAGAGGAUGAAGAUGUUCAGAUGGAAAGAGUGAGAACAACGGGUGCCAUGGCUACCCUACAGACUGAUGAGAAACCAGUCAUCAUUGCAAGCUGUCUGCGGAAGGAAUAUACAGGCAGAAGGAAAAGGUGCUUUUCCAAAACGAAGAAAAAGAUUGCCACAAGGAACAUCUCCUUCUGUGUUAAAAAAGGUGAAGUCCUAGGGCUCUUAGGACACAAUGGAGCUGGCAAAAGUACAACAAUUAGCAUGAUAACAGGAGACACAAUACCAACCGCAGGUCAGGUGUUUUUGAAAGGGAGCGGUGGGGGUGCUGCUCUCGGGUUCUUGGGGUACUGCCCUCAGGAGAACGUGCUGUGGCCCAACCUGACAGUGAAGGAACAUCUGGAGUUGUAUGCUGCUGUGAAGGGGCUGAAGAAAAAGGAUGCUGUGGUCACCAUCUCACGGUUGGUGAAUGCCCUUAAACUGCAGGACCACUUGAAGGCUCUUGUCAGGACCUUGUCAGAGGGAGUGAAGAGAAAGCUUUGUUUCGUGCUGAGCAUCUUGGGGAACCCUUCUGUGGUGCUUCUGGAUGAGCCAUCGACUGGGAUGGACCCCGAAGGGCAGCAGCAAAUGUGGCAGGCGAUCCGGGCCACUUUCACAAACACAGAGCGGGGCGCCCUCCUGACCACCCAUUACAUGGCAGAGGCGGAGGCUGUGUGUGACCGUGUGGCCAUCAUGGUAUCUGGGAGGCUGAGGUGCAUUGGUUCUAUCCAACAUCUGAAGAGCAAAUUCGGCAAAGAUUACCUGCUGGAGAUGAAGGUGAAGACCCCCUCGCAGGUGGAGCCCCUAAACAUGGAGAUCAUGAGACUGUUCCCCCAGGCUGCUCGGCAGGAAAGGUACUCCUCUCUGAUGGUCUAUAAGUUGCCUGUUGAGGAUGUACGACCUUUAUCCGAGGCUUUCUUCAAAUUGGAGAGAUUGAAAGAAGAUUUUGACCUGGAAGAAUACAGCCUCUCACAGUCUACUCUGGAGCAGGUCUUCCUGGAGCUCUCCAAGGAGCAGGAGCUGGAUGACUUUGGCGAAGAAGCCAAUUCCUCAGUGAAAUGGAAGCUCCUCCCACAGGAAGAGCUUUAAAGCUCAAAAUCCUCUCUGUAUCCUCAAGCUCACAUCCCUCUUACAGACAGUAUAUUUAAGAGCAUCACUAUGCCUUAGUUAUCUCAAUGUAGCAUUAAGUAUUUCUGAAACUUGAGUCAGAUAUUUUUCUUUUUCUUUUUCUUUUUUUUUUGUAAUGGCCAGUGUGCAAACAGCUUAGAACACGCAGCCAGACUAUGCUCAAUCAAGUCACGUUGCACACAGUGUGGAGUUUUAAAAUGCAUUUACAAUAGUAUUGAUGCUUCUGAGCAUGCUAACGAGACUGAUCGAUUUUCUUCGCCUGAACUUCAAAACAUUAACUUUUUUCUUUCCUCUGUGUCUAGGUAAGGUAUAAUGUAAACAAUAUUGAUUUUAGGGAGAAGAAGAUCAAUUGAUUUCCCAACAGCACAGUAUUUGUUUUUUGUGUAACUCACCCUGACCUGUCUAUCAUUCACUGGUUCUUUACUCACAGUUUGCCCACUCUGAGUUACGGAGAAAUGUUUUGUCCACUGUGACUGACUGCAAAAGCAGCUUUAAACUGGUGGACAUAAAUACUUGCAACCAUUAAAUAUCUGUGUGCAUGUUUACAUAUGAAUCUGAAACAUAUCUGAAAUUUUGAUUUGUGAAAAAGUAAUGCAGAGGAGGGUUGGCUUAGUAUGUCUUUAUUUACCAAGUCUGUGAAUGCUACAACCUAUCUACUGCAAUAUCAGUACAGUUACCUGGACUCUUAUCUAGGAGAUUUUUUUUGUCACUACUAUUAUUGUUACUAAUUAACCAAACAUUUAUAUGAAAUUAUAAGUUAAUAUGAAAAAAUUAUAUGAAAAAAAAUUCCCUUGAUGCUAGGGUUGUAACUUCAUAGUGUGUGUGAAUAUCAAUUGCCCUCAACUUACAAGGAGAAUUCUCAAGUAGACUUUGAGCAAAGGCUCUAAGCCUUCAAAGUUAAAAAGAGACAUUAAUGCUGGCCUUGCUGAUGUACCUGGCUUUAUGAAUAACAACUUAAUCCGUACAUGUCAAUGCAUUAAAAACACUUUAUUUAGGGCCAGAAAACUGUCUCAGCUGGUUAAGGCGCCCAGUUGUCAAGUCUGAUGUCCAGAGUUUGAUCCUUGGGUGGGACCCAAAUUGUUCAAGGAGAGAACCAUCACUCAAGUUGUAUUCUGAUCUCCACAUACAUGUAGUGUCAGGCAUAUAUGUCUACAUACCUGCACUCAGGACAAACAAACAAACAAACAAACAAAAUUUAAAUAAAAAUAUAAUGGGCUUUCCUGUGGUGUUUUCCAAUAUAGUCUGGUUUUGUUGAUCCUUCUCCAUUGCUCCCCCUUCCUCUUUUUUCCUCUGUACCACUCUGGCUGGUCAUCUUACCCACCAGCCCUCUUCCGUUUUUUAUGUAGCAUGUAUUUCAAAACCUUCCUUUAUGUUCCCCUCCUUAAUAGUACUCAUGAGUUUUUCUCAGUUUGACACAGACUUGAGUCACUCAGAACAAGGGAACCUCAGUUAAGGAACUGUUGGUGUAUCCACAUAGCAUCUUCUUUGCUUUUUAUUUUUAUCUUAUGGGCAUUUUCAUUGCAUGUAUAUCUGCACAUCACACAUAUAAGAUGCCUAUGGAGACCAGAAGAGGGCAUUAAAGAAACACCCAGAGAUUGGAAUUGUAUACAGAGGGGAGCCUCCAUAUGCUAGGACUGAGUUAUCUCUCCAGCCCCAGGCAUUUUCUUGCUUAUCAGUUGAUAGAAUGGUAUCCAGCCCACUCUCAAUGCUACCAUCUUUAGGCAAGUGACUCUGGAAUGUCUAAGGAAGGCAGCUGAGCAAACCUGGGCAAGCAAACCAGUAAGCAUCAUCCCUCCAUGAUCUCUGCUUCAGUUCCUGCCUUGA